AUGCACAAGCUUAAUGUUUAUUGUUUAAACUGUAAUGAGUUUUUCUCUUUCUUCUUUUCAGUGUUGAUUUUGAACAUCCACUUUGAACAAACUGAAGCUUUGUCCAGACCUACGGUGAGAACACCACACAGUCCUGUGUUCAUUGGAGAGACAGUCACUCUGAAGUGCGAGAUAGAGAAUCAAUACAGAUCAUUAAACUGGAGAUAUCAGUGGGCUAACAGUCAUACUUCAGUGUUAAAGUCUGGGCAUUACACUAUAAACAGAGACACUCUCACUAUCAAUAGAGUUACUGAAUCGGAUCAGAAUAAGUACUGGUGUAGAGGAGAGAUACAAGGACGACCACAGACUUCACUAUCAAGCUCUACUGUUUAUCUCACUGUGAAGGCUUCACCCAGAGUUACAGUGAUAGUAACACCAGACAGAUCUGUGUUCACUGGAGAGACAGUCACUCUGAAGUGUGAGAUAGAGGAUCAGUACAGAUCAUUAAACUGGAGAUAUUUGUGGUAUAAAGGCACAACUGAAGUCUUUAAGUUUGAGCGUUACACCGUAAACAGAGACUCUCUCACUAUCACUGGAGUUACUGAAUCUGAUCAGAGUAAGUUCACGUGUGGAGUAGAGAGAGAUGGACGAGCACAGACUUCACUAUCAAGCUCUACUGUGGAUCUCACUGUGAAGGCUUUACCCAGAGCUACAGUAAGAGUAACACCAGACAGUCUUGUGUUCACUGGAGAGACAGUCACUCUGAAGUGUGAGAUAGAUCAGUACAGUGACUGGAGGAGAUAUCUGUGGUAUAAAGAUACAACUGGGACUUUAGUGUUUGAGGGAAACAUCUACACCAUCAGCUCACCAUCAGAUCAGGAUGAAUUCUGGUGUAGAGGAGAAAGAUAUGGACGACCCUCAUCCUCACAGUACAGUGAUCAUGUAACUCUCUCUGUUAAAGCUUUACCCAGAGCUACAGUGAGUGUUACACCAAAAAGUCCUGUGAUCACUGGAGAGACAGUCACUCUGAAGUGUGAGAUAGAGGAUCAGUACAGACCAUUAAACUGGAGAUAUCUGUGGUAUAAAAACAGUACUGCAGUGUUAAACUCUGGGUGUUACACUGUUAACAGAGACUCUCUCACUAUCAAUGGAGUUACUGAAUCUGAUCAGGAUGAGUUCAGCUGUAGUGCAGAGAUACAUGGACGAACACAAACUUCACUAUCAAGCUCAUCUGUUCAUCUCACUGUCAAAGAAAGACCAACACCUGAAGUGUCUGUUUGGCCUGGUGAAGAUGUAUACAGUGGAGAAACUGUCAAUCUCACAUGUGUCAUCAAUGAAGGAGUUGUCAGCAGCUGGCAGUACAGCUGGAAUAAAAAUUCAUCACCUUACAACAUCAGUGACCUUCAGAAUUACACAAUCAGAUCUGUUACUGAGUCUGACACUGGAAACUACACCUGUAGAGGAAAUGAGACCAAUGGAUUACGAUACUCACACAUCAGUGAUGCAGUUACACUGACAGUAUCAGGUGCUUCUCACGUGAAUAUGUUUGGCUUCAACAUGAUCACUUUUCUGCUGGCAGUUUGUCCAUAUCUGAUAGUGACAGUCGUGCUGGUUUUCAAAUGCUGUAGACUGAGAGUUUCUCACUCAUCUGUUGAAGGUCAGUCGCAGUAUGCAGUAAGAGAAGAUGAAACAUCAAUCUGAUAUGAAUGUGUUGUGAGUGCAGUGAAGCAUCAGUCUGUGAUCAAUCAAUAACACAUUCACAAACUGAAUAACUGCAGUCAAUAACAAUGAGUGAAAAUCUUUUUUUUUGCUCCUUAAUGUAAUGUGAUCAUUCAGUGUCCUUUAGGUUGUGAUGUUGAUACAUGGGCAGCAAUAUAUGGCCAGUCUCUUUCCACUGCUACUAACGAUCAAUAAAUGUGAAAUUUGUAAUUACAGAGUUGAACAUUUUAAAUACCUUAUUUUUUGACAGUGUCCA